AUGGCUAAAGCAGCAUCUAAAAAGUCUAAAAAAGACACCCAUGAAUCUAUACAACAAAAGUUUGAGCCCAUUCCUUUGACAUGGCCAGGAAAAAUGUCUUCAGUUGACCUUUUUUCCAACAUAGCUAUCCAAGCCCGCGAAGCCAUUCAGCAUAAACAGUUUGACCUUUACGUUUGUCUUCGUAUCCGUCAAGUCGAUUGGGAGUUUCACGAUUUUUUUAUUACCCUGCCAAAAAACACUACAAUUUAUCGGCUACAGCAUGAGAUUGCCAAGGUGCAACAUUUGUCCGCCAUAAAUCCAGAGGAUAUUAUGAUUUAUCGAUCACAUCCUGGAACUGAUAUGGCCGAGAAAGCACAAGCGUCAAGUGAUAAUGCAAGCCCACAACUCGUGAAUACUGCCAGUUCCAUAUCACUUAAAGAACGGCAUCAAGAGCCAGUAUCUGAUUCAAAAGAGGCUUCAAAUGUGCUAACGAAACCCAAGUUGAACACGACAUCCAAUCUAUGCAGCGAUAUGUUUGCAACAUUGAGCGGGUGCUUUCCAGAAAUUGUCGAGUUUCGUCUUCCACCCUAUGCAACAAGAUACUUGUCCCAUCAGCAGAAACUGGAAUCAUCAGCUCCUGAGGUGUCCCAAACUUACGGUAUUGGGUCAAAAGAUACCGAGCCAGUGUCUAGUAUAAAUUCUUUAAAGCCCGAGUCGUCAUCAACAGAAAAGCAGCCUCGCAUACGAUCGGCAAACUCGAAAAAUAAGCAAGCCAGCAAGGGCUCUCACAGUCGACCAACAAGUGCUCAUCUAGCCGCUUCAAAACCCUAUCAUUCUUUUCAACAAGUCUCACCUGAACCAAUAUAUGGACACUUUAGUGUUGUGUUUUGUCACGAUUUGCAACCAUCUAAAAACACGACUAGACAAGAAACGACAGAAAAAAUGCAAGGUAAACCUAUCCGAUAUAAGCCGGAUGGAUACAAUCUUGAAGAUAGUUCAUGGACCGGAAAAAGAGUUGACCCAGUAGCAACACAUGACAAUUCUGGUGGAUCCAAAGCAAACCCAUAUCACAUUAUGACCCAUGAACAAGAUGAACAUCAUUACUCUCAACCCGGUCUACAAAAGACUGAAAUUGGGUACAAGAAUAUGAUGGGCAUACAACUUCCUACAGCAGUCGACAUUUAUUAUGACGUGAAUCCAUACAUGAACAAAAAAAAUCGCGAUCUAGGAACAGGCUCAUCAGCAGAUGCCAUCUUGUCUUCGUUUGCUCACAAGGCCAAGUCACAUACAUUGGAUGGUGCGAAAAGUAGUGUUUUGUUUAGUCGUAGUCAUUCACCCAGUCUUGCAGGAAAUCAACUGUCAUUGUAUGCAGAAGCUUUCACUAACCCAACUACAACCUUGUAG